UGAUACACAACCAUGGCUCAGGAGUUUGUCAAAGCCCAAAUUAAAGGAGACAAAGUGGUUGUGUUUCUGAAACCAUCGUGCCCUUACUGUGUGCUCGCCAAAGAUGUGCUGUCCAAAUACAGCUUCAAAUCCGGACAUGUAGAGUUCAUCGACAUCAGCGGUCGAGACAACAUGGACGCCAUUCAGGAUUAUUUACAGCAGAUUACAGGCGCUAGGACUGUGCCGCGCGUGUUUAUAGGUGAGGCGUGUAUCGGAGGAGGAAGCGACGUGGAAGGGCUUGCCAGAAGUGGAAAACUGGAAGGCAUGCUGCAGAAAAUCGGAGCGCUGCAGUGACUAGAUGAUGGCCGGGCCGCUUGCGGGAGGUCACAUGAUGCUGCAGCGGGACUUGCGCAGCUGCCGUCUGCGUUGCUGGUACUCGCUGAGCUCCUGCAAGUAGCCUCUGGAGGGCCAGCGCAGCCGCUCCACCUGCUCCCGCUCCUCCUCUGUCCAACAGCAGCACUGUGACCAUGAAGAAAACACAGCGACAACCCCUCACCCCCGCCAUAUACCCACACAGUGCCUGUUUAACAUUAUGCCUUAAGCUCUAUCUAUAAUAUUAACCAUUUAAUCAUGUCGAGAUAAAAUGGCAUUAACGUAUAGCACUUGAAUGUCAAAAUCCAUCCUUUAUAUCAAUAGGUUUUUUCUUCAUGAGCUGUAUGUUAAAUGUUUUUGGCUGAAAUAUAUUGAAUUGUCUGUUAAAGUACCCAUUAAAUCAUUCAAAAGGAAUCUGUAAA